AUGAUGGGGAUGUCAUCAGGGCUGGCCGUCGGCGGCGUGUAUACUAUAGGUCCUCGCUGCUUUAGCAGGUCGAUUAGCACGAUGUCCUUGUCGGCCCCUAUGCUUUUCUUUUGGGCUUUGGCCCUUUUGGCGGCGGCGGUGGUGCCGAGUGGGGCAGAUUACGUGGAAACAGCCCCUCGACCAGACCGGCCGUUGCCCCCUCCAAUUCCUAAUGGAGAGUGUCCUCUGACCUUCCUACCUGCUGAUACGCAACGCGCACUUGCGGUGUGCUCCGCAGAUGGGUCGGCCUCCUCGGCAGCGGGCCCCUCGUCUGCGUGCUGUUCCCUGGUGACAGCGGGCAUGUUUGCGUCCCGUGUGCGCUACGCCAACAGCACCGGGCGCUUGCUGCUGCCGCAGGCAUCGGCGGAGGCGUGCGUCCAGGCGCUAAACGCGUUGCUGGCAGCCGGCGGCGGGCCCCCUGUCGCUGCGUGCGGCCUCAGCAGUUCCCUUUUGACGGAGGAGGCAGGCGCCGCGUGUGGGCCAGGCCUCACCACCGUGUAUGACUUCUGGGAGGCAGCCAAUCACACGUUCCCGGGCCUGGUGGGCCUUGCGUGCUACGAGGCGGCCGACUGCACAUCAUGCCUGGCCAGCAUUCGCAGCGCCAUCCUGUCCCUGGGGGCCGCCGCCACCCCCGCUACGCUCAGCAGCGACGCCUGUCAAGGCCUUGCGCAGGUGGCCAUGACCGCGGCGGCGCACCCGCUGCUGAUUGCGAACGGGCUGUCGCAGUGCCUGCACAAGGUGGACAUCAGCCGCGUGCAGCUGUCCACGCGCUGCACCGCGUUUGACUGGGAGGCAGCCAACUUCACGGCGGUGCAGCUCAGCUGUGGGCCGCAGCAGGUCCGGAAAGACCGCUGCUGCGACCUCUUCAUUGGGAUGUACGGCCAGGUGCACGCCAUUUACACCAAUCGCACUGGUCACCCCAUCCCGCAGGAGGAAGCCGACGUGUGCAUGGCGGGCCUGCGUGCGGCGCUGCAGGCGCGCGGCGUGUCCCCCAGCGUGGUCGACGUGUGCCGCAUCCAGGCCAUCCUGCCCUCCGUCCCCAUCGGCUGCUACAACCAGACGGCCGCGGGGCAAAUGGUGCCGGCCCACUACAUCGACUACCUCGAGGAGCGGUGCAACCCGCGCGUGCCCGACUGCACCGCGUGCCAGCGCAGCUACUACGAGGUGGGCGCGCAGCUGGCCAACACGAGCAGCGCGACGAUCCUGACCCUGUGCGUGCUCUUCAUGUCCGCGCAAUACCUUGCGCGCUUCGACAACCUGCAGGCCGUCACCGACCGCCUCAAUUGCUACUUCGUCUUCCCGCCCCCCCUCGCGCUGGGCCUACCAGCGCCCCCCUCGAAAACAUGGGUGUCAACCGGGGCGAUUUUGGGGAUCGCUUCCGGGUGCGCGGCCCUGAUAGCGCUCGCGGGUUUGGUUGUGUAUGGGGGGUGCCGGCCGCGCUGGCGGCGGCACCACGUGCUGCCCCACGUGCAGCUGCAGCGGUUCAGCCUGGCGGCGCUGCGGCGCGCAACGGACAACUGGGACGAGCGGCGGCUGCUGGGGGAGGGCGGCUGGGGGCGCGUGUACCGCGGGACGCUGCGCUCGGGGGAGGCGGUGGCCGUCAAGGUGGCCACGCACAAGAACCUCGCCAGGAGGACCAAGGCUGCGACCCGGGAGGUGUUGGCGCUAGCGCGGUGCCGGCACCGCAAUCUGGUGGCGCUCAAGGGCUUCUGUUUGACCGGGGACGACUGCGUGCUCGUGUUCGAGUACCUGGCGGGCGGCAACUUGGGGGACCGCCUUCUCACCGAUGGGGCUGCGCCGCCGGCCCUGCCCGUGCUGGACUGGCCGACGCGGCUCAGCAUAGCGCAGGGCGCGGCGCGGGGACUGGCCUACUUGCACGAGUCGUGUAAGCCGCGGUUACUUCACCGCGACGUCAAGCCGAGCAACGUUCUGUUGUCCAGCACGCUGGAGCCUAAGUUAGCGGACUUCGGCUUAGCCAAGGUUCUGGACCUCGAAGAGUCGGCGGUUACCACAGACGUGGUGGGCACGUGGGGCUACUUGGCGCCCGAGUACUUUCUGGGAGGGCAGGUCACGGACAAGGUGGACGUCUACAGUUUUGGCGUGCUGCUGCUCACCCUGGUCGCCGGCAGGAAGCUCACCGCAGACCCGCCUGACGGCGACCAGGCGUUUCUGCCGGAGUGGGCCUGGAUCCUGGCGGAGCGCGGCCAGCUGGCGGACCUGGUGGACGCGCGCCUCGGCAGCGGCCGGGAGCAGCACGCGCACAGCAUCGAGCAGGCCACCAGGGUGGCCCUGCUGUGCAUCCACACUGCCGUGAGCGUGCGGCCGUGCAUGCGCGAGUGCCUGGCCAUGCUGGAGGGGCACCUCCCGGUGCCGCCGCUCCCGCCGCGCCCCACCACGCUCUACACCGGGGUCGCGCCGCCCAACCCGCCCUCCGCGCCCUCAUAACCAAUGUCGGUUAUUGUCCCGCCUUCGGUUUUUAUGAGGCCAAAAGGGCAGAAUUGCCCUUGCCCAAAAGACGCUUCAACUUGGUUAGGUGGUUAGGGCCGGGGCACAUAUGUGCUGGGAUAACAUCGUUCCUGGUACCGUAAACACGUCAAGUCCUCGAAAGGAUGGUCAAAGAAUCCGAGGUACGUCUUGGAAGGCCGACUUCGGGCAUGCGGACCGACGUUCAGGCCCCGCUCACGCCGCACAGCUGGUGGGCUGGUGCAGCAAACUCAAAUUGUCUUCGUUCACAGUAAGCGACAGGGCUGCCGAGGGGGUCUCGCCACGCGGCAGUCAGAUAAGAAAAGAUGCAGCACAGCGACGCUGGGGCAAGAAGACUGGACGUUACGUUGCACAGAUCAUGGUCCCGUGGUGCUGUAAGCACGUCGCCGUUGUGGUCAAACACGGGCCUACAAGGUGCACCCAUGUCCGCAGGUAUGUAAAAUUUGCAAAGACAGAAAAGCCAGAGUCACUGAAAGCGAUCAUUGCGGUGGCGCAGCAUAGCAACCGCUCAAGAAACACGUAGUUACCAACGUGUAGGAAAGCCUGGUUGUAGACAAGCAGGUGCGGUAGUGAGCACGGUAGAACAUUGCGACAACCGACAUUCUAGGUGUUGUACUAGAACAUGCAUAAGAAGAAUCGUGAGCGGAUUCGUGACCGAGUUUUUUACUGGACAGCUGACGCACAACAUAGUACUCCAUGUGCAGUCGACUAUAUGCUGAUUGUAAAGGAUGCACGCGGUAAUGAAGCACUCUUGUCAUAUGCGAUCCAAGCUAGCCUGAGGUCGUUGGCGUA